AUGCGAGCGUUGUCCAGCCAAGUGGUUGGUCCUGUCCGAGCAGCAGGGCCUGUGAGGCCCCGAACCAAGUGCCUGGCCACGGGUCCGUCGAAGGACGAAGGAGGGAUUGCGCCGCAAGUGCCGCGGCGCGCCGCGCUGCUCGCGGCCACGUCUGCGCUCGCAGUCAACCCAGCACCCAUCGGGCGCUCCGGCAUCGCGGCCAUGGGCAGCGCGACCGCUGCCGACGCGCCCAUCCCGCGGGCUGAGCUCGCGCCGGGCCUGCCCGUCAGCCGCAUCGUGAAGGGCUGCUGGCAGCUCUCCGGCGCGCACAGGGGCGACCGCGCCACGGACCGCACCACGGGCGCCGCCGCCGUCGAGGACUUCGGCGCGUACGAGCGCGCGGGCAUCACGGCCUUCGACACGGCCGACAUCUACGGCCCGAGCGAGGGCCUCAUCGGCAAGUACGUGAAGGAGCGCGGCGGCGCCAAGGGGCUGCAGAUCCUGACCAAGGCGGCGUAUUUCGGGCGCGACAUGCUGGACGUGUCGCAGGCGGCGGUGGACGCGCACGUGGGGCGCAGUCUCCGCGCGCUGAACGUGGACCGCGUGGACCUGGUGCAGCUGUACUGGCACGACUACAACACGCCCGGGUACGUGGACGCGGCGCGCGGGCUGGCGGACCUGCAGCGCCGCGGGGUGAUCGGCGCGGUGGGCGCGACGAACUUCGACGAGGUGCGGCUCCAGGAGAUCGCGGACGCGGGCGUGCAGGUCAAGGUGCACCAGGUGCAGUACUCGCUGCUGGACCGGCGCGUGGAGGGCGGCAUGACCGACUGGUGCAAGAAGAACGGAUGCACGCUCCUCCCCUACGGCGUGCUCGCCGGCGGCUUCCUCACCGACAAGUACGUGGGCGUGCCGGCGCGCGACGUCGAGCUGGACACGUCGUCGAAGCGCAAGUACUCGUCGAUCAUUCAGAAUUCCGGGGGGUGGGGGUGGUUCCAGGAGCUGCUGGCGGCGCUCGCCGCGGUGGGGAAGAAGCACGGCGUGUCGGUCGCGAGCGUGGCCACGCGGUGGGUGCUGGACAGGCCGUGCGUGCCCGCGGUGCUGAUCGGAGCGCGCAACGCGCGGCACGCGGCGGAGCACAAGGAGGCGUUUGCGUUCGAGUUCGACGACGCGGACCGGCGGGAGAUCGACGCCGUGCUGGCCAAGGGCAAGCAGCCGACCAGUAUGUUCUACAGCUGGGAGCGUGGGGCGUCCAAGUGGUAG